AGAUGGGGCUGUAACACGUCUGAUUAACAGUUUUGGAGUCCUUGGAUUUGCUCAGUUCAUCAGAAAGACAAGCAACUAUCCGCAGCAAGUAUUGGAAGGCGCUGUCAGCAUGCUGGUAAUGAUCAGGAGCUGUUUGACGUGCAUUUGUUCUGACCUGUAUCUCUUGUUUGUGAUGGUUUAUUCUUUAUAGAACGUAAGGUUUCUAUGGAUGAGUUAUGAAUCAACAUGCACUUUCUUUUGCUUGGAAGAAGAGUCGCAGAACCAAUAGAACAGUAUGCUUGCGUGGAUACAUGUUAUUUCAUGGGACUGGUUGUAUUUUUACGUAACGUCUAAACCUGCCCCGAGUUUGCCAAUACAAGUGUGCAUGUAGCUAUGAGCCGCAAUUCGAUUUUCAUAUUAAGACAAACCUUUAUUCAUCGAAAACAGCACCCGAGUAGAAUCCCCCUGCCAGCAAUUCCAGUCGUGCCUCCUGUUUUCCACGUGUUUGUCCAAACCUGUCCCGAGUUUACCAAUCUUUCUGGACAACACUGAUAACGCCAAGCAAUUCAGCGCCAACUGCAGUCUAAUAGCCCCGGUCUUAUUGUCUCAUUCUUUGGUAACCAGAUACAUUGAUGUUUGUCAUUGUUGAUAAAGGAACUACAAUAAAAACACCCGUUUGACAGAUACUAAUCAUUUUGUUGUUGUCUUGUACCCCAGCCUUUGUUGGUACACAUAGAUGUAUGGAUGAAGUCGCUCAAGUCACGAAAAAUAGUCCCAGGCGGGUAUAUGACAUUGGUCUUUUCCUUAUUUUUGCUCGCUUCUUUCAGCUGGAGACCAUGCGCCCCUACUCCAGUGUCCGGUUGAGACGUUAGUUUUGAAUUUUAGACAUAUAGAAAUGAUAUAAAAGGGAUCAUAGUUGAAACUAAUCUAUCUGUUUAAAGCCUGUUCUAUCAAAUCCAUAUCCAAUUCUCGUCUUAAUACAAGGCCAUUAAAAGGAUGAAACUCAUUUUGUGUUAAGUGUCUGCAAUUCACUAUCGCGGGAUAUUAAGGCACGGUGCUAUCGCCUCUAAUCGCGGUGAGGGCUAAAGAGCGACGCCUGUUCAAACGUCGCACUGCGCUGCGUCAAUCGGUUGCGUGGAAAUGAUAAAGCCUCGUUCCACGUUGAGAUUAAUCCUUAUGUUGGCGACGCGCCAGACAGUCUUGCCUUCCUAGUCUGUAUGUUUUUGCACUGUCAGUGGAGGACGCUCGGCACAGACAUGGGACAGAUCAUGGGUCUUUCUCCCCUGUUGGUUGUGGUGCUGUUGACUUGCGUGGCGCUGAGUUCAGGACAAGACUCUGCUGCCUGUGCCUCCCCACCGCUUGUGAUUCACACAGACUCCGCUCCUCACGAGUUCACGUCUCCGAACUACCCGCGCCCCUACCCCCGCAACACGUACUGUGAGUGGCUCCUGGAGGCACCGGUCGGACAGAAGUGCAACCUGACGUUCGUGGAUUUCCACCUGACAGGAACCAACUACUGGGGGAAAUGUCCGCAUACGGACAAGGUGCAGAUCUACGACGGGACGGACGCCGAGGCCAACGUCACGCUUUUCGGCACGUUUUGUGAAAACGAUCAGCCGACAGGUCAGUACGAGUCCAGAGGGAGGCAUCUGCUGGUGACGUUUGAGAGCACUACCAUCAACUACUUCAAAAGGGGCAUAAAAGUGCAUUAUGGAUUUUCUCAGUGCACAGACGCGUACGAAUGUGCGUCCAAUCCGUGUCAGAACGGAGGCACAUGUGUGGAGGCCCGGUGUGGAUAUAACUGUACCUGUACCAGGAACUAUGCUGGGCCAACGUGCCAGACAGAGUUGCCGUGUGCCUCGAGCCCCUGCCCACCGGGGACUGCCUGCCUCAACAGAGGUGACGCCUUCUCGUGUGCCGAUGCUCCUACCACUCCUACACCCCCGACAACGACUACAGAACAUGCUACCACCACUCAAAGCACGGUGCCUCCUCCGACAACAACUGUAAAACAAUCAACCACUGCACAAACUACACCGCAGAUGCCCUCCACCACAUCUUCAAAACAACCGUCCACAUCGCAAAACACCGUGACAUCAAGUACAAAGGAAGCAGAAACGUUAAAGACUGAAAUGGCCUCGACGAAGACCCAAGUAACCAGGGCAACGGCUGUCACUGAGAGCAAUACGCCGACGCCAGAUGACCCUAAAACCACACACACUACGUCCUCAUCGAAGACGCCACCGCCGGACGCCAAGCAAACUGCAGCUCCGACAGGUGAUUCACCCAAGCCGCAGGGCCAGUCGGGACAGCCGGAGUGUGAGACUGACGUGUGGAACCUCUCGGACUGCGGCUGGACUUGGUGGCUCAUCCUAGUGGUGGCGGGACUGGGGGUCGCCAUGGUCAGCACCGCAGGCGGGAUGGCGUACAGGUACUGUAAGCGGAAGAAGUCGGGCCGUGUGGUGACGCCGAGGUCCGUAGCAGGCGUGCGCCUGGAACUGGAGGACAUGGACGACUGACUCUCACAAUGGAACAUCUCAUCACAAGAGUCAUUAGAGCGGUUUAUUUCUAAAUCAGCAGUUGUUUCUUUGUUUGCUUGUCUGUUUGCUUGUUUGUUUGUUUGUUUAUUUAAAUGUUGUUUUGUUUGUUGGUUCUUUGAAUAGCAAAUAGCAUGGUUGAAAUAUAAUGAAAACAUUUUUCGGGUUUUAUAAACCUCUGUAUACAUUUGACUAAAACUAGCAACGCCAUACUGACAUUUGUACCUAAAAAUGUAUGCUAUCAAAAAGCUAAUGAAAUGGAGUGUGGUCUCACAGUAAUGACGUUAUAUCCCCACAUGUGAGAAUGUAUGUAAUCAAUUUAGCUAUAGUAUUGAGUCUGUUGAAGUAACCACAUCACAGUACUUUGAAAGACCAUUGGAUAGUCGGUGUAUAAUUCUAAAAAAAGCUAGACUCUGGUGCUGUAGAACAUUAACUGGGUGAUACGAUAUGGUUUCCAUAAGACAGCACCAAAUGCUUACAUUAAAGUGUGCAUACAAAACGAA